AUGAGCUCGUUUCGUUCAUAUGUAUGGGAUCCAGUGCUGCUGAUCAGUCAGAUGAUAUGUAUGCAAACAGUUUUCUACACAACAGAAUGUGCUGCAUUGAUUGCGUACAGUAUGACUGGCUUCACUCCAACACUGGCACAUAUUUAUUCCAUACAGGCUCUUCGCGUGAUGGUAGUCGUGCAAUUGCUGGCGACCCUUUCGUGUGGAAUCGCCAUGAGAUUCGUCGUCCAACGUGCCAAACAGUGCCUGGAUUUCUCAUGCACUUUGCACGCAUUCCACCUCCUUUUUGUUAUCAUCUACAAUCAUGCAUUUCCUACACAACUGCUUUGGUGGGGUGUACAAAUAGCCAGUGUUGUAAUAUGCACUCUACUGGGCGAAUAUCUCUGUAUGGUAGCUGAAUCACAAGAAAUUAGACUUGGUCCGCCGUCGAAGUACGAUCUCUGA